AUGAAUUCACGUGGUAAUCUUACAGCUGAUGACAGAAGUCAGUUACUCUUCUUCAGUGGUUUUGGUAAUAAUCUACUUUUCACAUAUGCAGCGAAUACAUUUCUUCUAUACACAUUAGCAUCAAAAACAUUUCGCGCUGAAUGUUUAAACGUAUUCGAAAGAUAUAUUAGUAUUGUAAAACAACGUCUUGAAGCUAUGUUUUAA